AUGUUACGCAUCAAGGAUCCACGCAAAUCAUUGCCGUUCUACUGUAAUGUCCUGGGGAUGAGAUUACUGAAGAAAAUGGAUUUUGAACAAGGACGUUUCUCGUUGUAUUUUGUUGGAUAUAAAUCAGCGUCCGAAAUUCCUGACGAUGAACAUGAAAGGCGACGUUUUGCUUUGUCAACGCCAUCAACUAUUGAAUUAACACAUAAUUGGGGCACGGAAAACGAUGCAAAUUUCGCUUAUCAUAAUGGUAAUAAGGAUCCUCGCGGAUUCGGGCAUAUUGGUAUAGCAGUUAGAGACGUUUACCAAGCUUGUGAAAGAUUUGAAAAAAUGGGUGUUCAGUUCAUAAAGAAACCGGACGAUGGACGCAUGAAAGGAUUGGCUUUCAUUCAAGACCCUGACGGCUACUGGAUCGAGAUACUCAAUCCCGAAACUGUUUGA